GUCCGGGCAGCAGAAGAGGAUCCCCUCUGCUCCCCAGGGCAGGCAGCUGGCAGACACCUCUGCCUAUCUUUGCAGGGAGCCACGGGCAGCAAAACCAGUCCUGUCUAUCGCAAGGACCUGCAGGGUUCCUACAUGCCAGAAGCGAUGAAGGCUGCGAUGCCACUGGUGGGAAACCAAGGCAUUGUCUCGGCCACUGAGGUCUUCAUCGUGGCUGCUGUCUUCUUCCUGGUCUGCCUGCUCAUCCAGUCCCUCCGGCAGCACGUGCCCAAGGGGCUGAAGAGCCCCCCGGGACCCAGAGGCUACCCCAUCCUUGGCAACAUGCUGGAGCUGAGGAAGGACCCGCACUUGGCCCUCGCCAGGCUGAGCCAGAAGUAUGGGGACGUGAUGGAGGUCAAGAUCGGCACCCAGCCCGUCCUGGUGCUGAGCGGGUUGGACACCAUCAAGCAAGCCCUGGUGAAGCAAGGAGAAGACUUCAUGGGCCGCCCUGACCUCCACAGCUUCCGCCACGUUACGGAUGGGCAGAGCCUGACCUUCAGCCUCGACACAGGGGAGGUGUGGAAAGCCCGCAGAAAGCUGGCCCAGAAUGCCCUGAAGACCUUCUCCUUCGCCCCCAGCCCCACCUCCUCUUCCACCUGCCUCCUGGAGGAACACGUCUCCAAGGAGGCUGACUACCUGGUCACCAAGUUCCUGCAGGUGAUGGAUGAGAAGAAGAGCUUUGACCCUUACCGGUACCUGGUGGUCUCUGUGGCGAACGUCAUCUGUGCCAUUUGCUUUGGCAAGCGUUACGACCACAACGACCAAGAGCUGCUCAAUAUAGUGAAUGUCAGUGAACAGUUUACCAACACAGCUGCUGCUGGCAACCCCGUCGACUUCAUCCCCGUGCUCCAGUAUCUUCCCAGCCGCAGCAUGACUUUGUUUAAAGAUUUCAACAAGCGGUUCCUCGAUUUCCUGCAGAAGAUUGUCAAAGAGCACUACGAGACCUAUGACAAGAACUACAUCCGAGACGUCACUGACUCCCUCAUUGAGCAGUGCCUGGAGAAAAAAGUGGGAGAAAAUACUGCCACGCAGAUCCCUAAGGAGAAGAUUGUCAACCUUGUGAAUGACCUCUUUGGAGCGGGCUUUGACACAGUCACAACUGGCCUGUCCUGGAGCCUCAUGUAUCUCGUGACAUACCCCAAAAUCCAGAAGAGGAUCCAAGAAGAACUAGACCAGACCAUCGGCCGGGAGAGGAGACCGAGGCUGUCGGACCAAGGCACGCUGCCCUACACAGAAGCCUUUAUCCUGGAGAUGUUCAGGCACACCUCCUUCCUGCCCUUAGCCAUCCCGCACAGCACAACCAGGGACACGGUGCUGAAUGGCUACUACAUCCCAAAGGACCGCUGCGUGUUUGUCAACCAGUGGCAAGCGAAUCAUGACGAGAAACUUUGGAAGGAUCCACUGACCUUCAACCCGGAGCGUUUCCUCAGUGCUGAAGGGACCGAACUGAACAAAGUGGAUGCGGAGAAGGUGUUGGUUUUCAGCCUGGGGAAAAGGAGGUGCAUUGGGGAACCCAUUGCCAGGUGGCAGAUCUUCCUUUUCCUGUCCAUCUUGCUCCAGCAACUGGAGUUCAGUGUGCGUGAUGGCAAGAAGGUGGACAUGACGCCGCUCUAUGGACUGUCCCUGAAGCACAAAAGAUGUGAGCACUUCCAGGUCAAGCAGCGCUUCCCCAUGAAGAGCAUGAACUGAGCAAUGAGCUUAUCCAUUGCCCAGACAUCGCCGAGGGGCAAAGAGCUGGGUGCCCUUGUAGCAAAGUUGGGUCUGGUACAACUUUACGGGAUGAUAUAAUAAACUGAAGCC